AUGACAAUUCCAGACAGAUCAAUACGCGUAUCCGCAGACAGAGGUGGUACUUUCACAGAUAUUAUAGCCAGCUUUCCCAAGAACGGAAAGCACGAGGAGAUUGUGGUGAAAUUGCUAUCGCAGGACCCCAACAACUACGCAGAUGCUCCUACUGAGGGCAUCCGCAGAGUGAUCGAGAUAGCCACCGGCGAAUCUAUUCCACGUGGCCAGAAGGUUCCAUCGAAGAAACUCGAUAAUAUCCGCCUUUCCACCACUGUAGCGACCAAUUCACUUCUCGAGAGGAAAGGGGAAGAGCACGCGCUGCUUAUCACGAAAGGAUUCAAAGAUCUUCUUGAGAUCGGCAACCAGUCACGUCCAAAGAUAUUUGAUUUGUCAAUUAAGCGCCCAUCGACGCUGUAUAAUGACGUCAUCGAGGUAGAUGAGCGCGUCACUCUCGUUGGAUACACGCAAGAUCCAGAAAGUGGAGAGAAUGCGGUGCAGUUCGACGCCAAGGGCCGCAUUGCCCGUGGCUACAGAGGCAAGGGUUGGGAUGGUCAAGGUGACGCAGAAGGUCCUGGCGACGUCGUGAUGGGUGUGUCGGGCGAGGCUGUGCGUAUACUCAAGCGACCUGAUCUCGCUGUUGUGCGCCAGGACUUACAGAGGCUUUACAAGAAAGGUAUACGCUCACUCGCUAUUGUGUUCGUGCACUCAUACACAUACCCCAAACACGAACAGGAGGUGGCUGAUUUAGCUCGCAGCAUCGGUUUCACGCAUGUGUCUGCCUCCUCCCAGCUCCUGUCUAUGAUUAAAAUGGUGCCAAGGGGGGUGAGCGCAACUGCCGACGCAUACCUCACCCCGGUCCUCUCAGACUACAUCAACGGCUUCUUCCAUGGCUUCGACGACGCUAUCGGAGAUGGUAGCGGUGCUGACGGGGGGUGCAAGGUAGAGUUCAUGGGCAGCGACGGCGGGCUGUUAGAUUUGAGGAACUUUUCGGGCCUCAAAGCAAUCUUGUCAGGACCUGCAGGUGGAGUAGUCGGUUAUGCGCUCACUUCCUGGGACGAAAAGGCUAGAAUACCAGUCAUCGGUUUGGAUAUUGGCGGUACCUCAACCGAUGUAAGCAGAUUCGCUGGCGCUUACGAGACAGUGUACGAGACCACGACAGCAGGUGUUUCCAUCCAGUCACCGCAGCUUGAUAUAAACACCGUAGCUGCCGGUGGUGGAUCGUGUCUUACUUUUAGAGACGGGCUGUUCCACGUUGGACCACAUUCAGCGGGUGCACACCCCGGUCCAGCCUGCUAUAAGAAGGGUGGACCGCUGGCCGUUACUGAUGCGAAUCUGUUUCUCGGUCGACUUGUUCCAUCGCGCUUCCCGCGCGUGUUCGGACCCAACGAAAACGAGCCAAUCGAUCCAUCGGCAUCUGCGGCGGCAUUUGGGGAGCUAGAGAGGCAGAUCAAGGCGGAGACCAACGCAGAGCAUGAUUUGGACGCUAUUGUCUAUGGAUACCUCAAAAUAGCUAAUGAGACAAUGGCGAGACCAAUACGCACGCUCACGGAAGCUAAGGGCCAUGCGACGUGGUCGCACAUUCUCGCAGCUUUCGGGGGUGCUGGUGGUCAGUCAGCUGCUGAGAUAGCCCAGAUACUAAAAAUCUCGCGCGUUGUUAUCCACAAAUACUCGUCUAUUUUAUCAGCAUUCGGUUUGUCGCUUGCAAAUAGGACUUUCGAGAAACAACUGCCAAGUUCAAAGCUGUGGAAUCAAGACAGCAAGCCUGAAUUCACGAAGAGGUUGGAUGAGUUGGCGGGAGUUGUCAAGCAGGAGUUGAAUUCACAGGGCUUCGAUAACGAGAGAAUCACUCUGGAAAGAUACCUCAAUAUGCGCUUCGACGGGAGUGACACAACACUCAUGAUUACGACAGACUCGGACGAACACUUCCACGAAGCAUUCAAGGAACGCUACAUCGACGAAUUCGGCUUCCUUCUUGAGUCUGAUAUUAUGGUCGACGAUGUUAAGGUGAAGGGGAUUGGUAAGACUUAUGAUCAGCUCGGAGAAUCUGCGCUGAGCGAGUACUCCAAUUUGAAGCGCAGGCCACUCACGAAAAAGGACGCUGACAGUACACAACCAUCCUACUUUGAAAUUCAAGGCAAGGGCCAGAGAGUAGAGACGCCGGUGUAUGUGUUGGAUAACUUGCAAGUUGGAGACACCAUCACAGGACCAGCCAUCGUAAUCGACAAUACGCAGACUAUCGUGGUGUUACCAGAUUGGAUUGCAACAUCUACCACUCAAUGUUUGUUUCUUGAGUGCGAGAAGCUGAAACAGUAG